CCGGCUGACGUGUCUGCGGUUCCUCAGCGUCUCUGCUAGUCGGGCCGUGAUGGCGGACGCCUGGGAAGAGAUCAGGCGGUUGGCUGCCGAUUUCCAGCGGGCUCAGUUCGCCGAGGCCACGCAGAGAUUGUCAGAGCGGAACUGCAUUGAGAUUGUAAAUAAAUUGAUUGCUCAGAAACAGCUAGAAGUAGUUCACACACUCGAUGGAAAGGAAUAUAUUACUCCAGCCCAAAUUAGUAAAGAAAUGAGAGACGAGCUACAUGUCCGUGGUGGUCGAGUAAACAUUGUUGAUCUACAACAGGUAAUUAAUGUGGACCUGACUCAUAUUGAAAACAGAAUUAGUGACAUUGUUAAAUCUGAAAAGCAUGUUCAGCUAGUGUUGGGACAACUGAUAGAUGAGAACUAUUUGGAUCGGUUAGCAGAAGAGGUAAAUGAUAAAUUGCAAGAAAGUGGUCAAGUAACCAUAUCAGAGCUGUGUAAAACCUAUGAUCUUCCUGGAAACUUUCUGACACAGGUAUUUUUCCUUGAUAGUAUAAUGUGUCCUUUUUGGCCUACAGCAGUGAAUUCUUUGAUUUCAAAAUACGGAUUUCAGGAGCAGCUUCUUUACUCUGUACUUGAGGAACUUGUUAACAGUGGACGCUUACGAGGCACCGUGGUUGGUGGGCGACAGGAUAAAGCCGUGUUCAUCCCUGACAUCUACUCCCGGACACAGAGUACUUGGGUGGAUUCCUUUUUCAGGCAGAAUGGCUACCUAGAAUUUGAUGCUUUGUCUAGACUUGGUAUCCCAGAUGCUGUAAGCUACAUAAAGAAGAGAUAUAAGACCACACAACUCUUGUUUUUGAAAGCAGCUUGUGUUGGUCAAGGACUUGUAGAUCAAGUGGAAGCUUCAGUGGAAGAAGCCAUCAGCUCUGGAACAUGGGUUGAUAUUGCACCUCUGCUGCCCAGUUCUUUGUCAGUUGAGGAUGCUGCCAUAUUGCUUCAGCAGGUGAUGAGAGCGUUCAGCAAACAGACUUCAGCUGUAGUCUUCAGCGACACUGUUGUAGUCAGUGAAAAAUUUAUAAAUGACUGUACAGAACUGUUCAGUGAACCGAUGCAUCAGAAAGCUGAAAAGGAAAUGAAAAAUAAUCCUGUGCAUUUAAUCACUGAAGAAGAUCUGAAGCAAGUCUCCAUGUUAGAAAGCAUUGGUACAAGUAAAAAGGACAAAAAAGACGAGCGAAGAAGGAAAGCAACAGAGGGCAGUGGAAGUGUGAGAGGAGGAGGUGGGAGCAAUGCCAGAGAGUACAAAGUCAAAAAAAUCAAGAAGAAAGGAAGAAAAGAUGAUGACAGUGACGACGAGGCCCUGUCGUCUCACUCUGCAAAGAAGAAGCCAGAGAUCACUUUCAUGUUCCAGGAUGAGAUUGAAGAUUAUUUAAGAAAACAUAUACAAGAUGCCCCCGAGGAGUUUAUUUCUGAACUUGCUGAAUAUUUAAUAAAACCUCUUAAUAAAACUUACCUGGAGGUGGUCCGCUCAGUAUUCAUGUCUUCAACUUCUGCUUCUGGAACUGGGAGAAAACGCACAAUCAAGGACUUGCAAGAAGAGGUUUCCAAUCUAUACAAUAAUAUUAGAUUAUUUGAAAAAGGGAUGAAAUUUUUUGCAGAUGAUACCCAGGCUGCUCUUACCAAGCACUUGCUGAAGACAGUGUGUACUGAUAUCACGAACCUCAUUUUCAACUUCUUAGCUUCGGACUUGAUGAUGGCAGUAGAUGAUCCUGCAGCCAUUUCAAGUGAAGUAAGAAAAAAAAUCUUAAGUAAACUGUCAGAAGAAACCAAAGUGUCUCUCACAAAACUCCAUAACUCUCUGAAUGAAAAAAGCAUAGAAGAUUUUCUUUCUUGUCUGGAUUCUGCAGCAGAAGCUUGUGAUGUUAUGGUCAAAAAAGGAGACAAAAAAAGAGAAAGGCAGAUACUGUUUCAACAUCGACAAGCACUGGCUGAACAGCUGAAAGUCACAGAAGACCCUGCUCUCAUUCUGCACCUCACCUCAGUGCUGUUGUUUCAGUUCUCAACCCACACCAUGCUCCAUGCACCUGGAAGAUGUGUCCCACAGAUCAUUGCUUUUCUUAAUAAUAAAAUUCCAGAGGAUCAGCAUUGUCUUUUGGUAAAGUAUCAAGGUUUGGUUGUAAAGCAAUUAGUCAGUCAAAAUAAGAAGACUGGGCAGGGAGUCGAUGCUUUGGGUGAUGAAUUAGACAAAGAACAAGAAAAUAUCAUCAGUACUACUCGUAAAGAGCUUCAGGAACUUUCUUCAUCCAUUAAAGACCUUGUUCUCAAAUCUAGGAAAUCAUCUGUGACUGAAGAAUAAUGAUCUUGAUUUACAUUUGUCAUAUAGUGAGCACUUUCCCCAGAAUUAAAGGUGAGUGGUCACAAAAAAAUCAUCAUUUCACCAUUCCCUACUCCCUGCUAAAACCCUUUCCCAUGCACAGGAUUCAAUUAAAAUGGUAGCAUUGUAUUAAAUGAAAA